AUGAAUUCAAGGUUUGUCUUGUUAUUGCUUUCAACGCCUUUAUUACUGCAUGCCCUAUUGAACCAGUCACUCGGAAUUCGAGGGACCCUUCGAUGUGGCACGAAACCGCUUGGAAAUCGUACAGUGCAAUUGUACGACAAAAGGAAACCUCCGUUUUCCGACAAGCUGUUGGCAUCUAACACGACCGAUUCCAAUGGGCUAUUCUAUCUUACUGGAACAGCAGCACGUGUACUGCCUCUGUCGCCCAUAUUAGCAAUCGACGGCGACUGUAAAGGGCAAAAACGAAAAAUCAAACUACCAAGUUCGAAGACUGACGUAACGCGUACGAAGGUGAGUUUUCGAGGAAAACAAUUUUUGCAAACUGUGGUUCGACGGCUCAGGGUAGACCAGAUGUGGUCAGUGACUUAG